UUUGUAGCCGUGUAGGUAGAGAUCGCUGGUAGUUAUGUAUGUAAACAAUUUGACUGUGCACGUGCGUCUGUUUAUUUACAGUGAAGAGAAGUGACAUGAAAAUUUUGUUGUGCAGGAGAAUGUACUUCUGUGGUUUGAAGUAUUAUUAUGGGGAAUACUGACACCCAUUUAACUGAAACGGUAUAAACGUAAAAUCACUACUUAUCUAACUUCGUGCUGUGAUUUGCUCCUGGUCGUAUACGAGCUGUUGCUACUAUACUGAAGGAGAUAUUUGCGAGUAACUAAAUAAAUAAAUCAAUCAAUCAGGCCUUAAGUGUCUUCGAUCAGCUCGUAUGCCAUUACAACCGUAAUAUGGUCGAUGAACUGUCCUUCGUCAAAACGAAAUGUGCAGAGCUGCGGAAAGAUGCAGCAGCAUCUUUCGAGUGUGUCGUGUUUGAAGAUAAGAGAAAAGGAGUCGUUGGCAGAAAUUCCUCCAGUAAAAAGAACGCAAAAAAAUCUGUACUCAAUAGUAGUGACAUUGAUAUUAGGAGAGUAAAACGAGAAGUAAUCAAAUUUGGCUUAAGUGGCUUCGAUGCGAAAACGAAGCAGGAAGCAAAAAUCGAGCAGGCUAUAAGACUCGGUGCGAAACCACCAAAAAAGAAGUAUGUUAAUUAUAAAGAGCUCAAAGCCGAAAAAGCGCGCCAGUUACAGGAAGCAGAAGAAAAGAAGAAGUUGAUGGAUGCUGGAAAAAUUAAAGGUGUUUCUAGCGACAAGGGCAAGAAAUAUUUAGCAAUCAAGAAGCGAAAGGAUAAUAUUUUGCAAGCUUAUGGCAAGGUAUCUUCAAGUUUUAAAAACAAGAAAGGGCGUAGGAAGAAGUGACUUAUAUAAUGCUCCACAGGACGUUUCCUGUAAAACAGUUGUAUACGUUUGUCUAUGCUGCCUGUGGCAUGAAAGUGCUAACAUACUGGUUACCUUAUUCUCCAGAGUGAGAAAUUAGCUGUCCAGAGAUGCAGUGUAUAUACUGGGGAUUGGCUGUGAGUUAAGGAACUUAACUGGAUUGUAAACAUCAGUGUUAUGUAGAUGAAACAUCAAAUUAAUAAAACUAUUGGUAAUAUA